AUGCCUCAACGUGAACGCAUUCCUUCUUCGUGGACAGUCGAGGCAGCUGGCAAAGACAGCACCAAGCCGUCUGUCCACUUGCGUUGCAACGAUGCCACUCUGCCCUUUGAGUUCAACUUUGAAGCAGUUCGUCCCAACGUCUUCAGAACAACCUUCACAUCCGCUACCCAUCCUCUACCGCCUCGUCCCAGCGUCCCUCGUGCUGAGACGAAGCUAGAUGGUGUUCAGCCAAAAGUCACAUCGAAUGACAAGGGUACCAAGAUCCAGAUUGGUAAUGUGGUCGCCAAUGUCGACUAUGCUGGAGAGACUCCUCUUCUCUCUGUAGGCUUCGAUGGUCAGCCACCAAUUCUUCAAGAUCUUGACAACAGAUCUUAUGCCGUCAAUGGUGACGGUAUCGCUCACUACACUCAGUAUAACCGCAAGACGUUCCAUGUCGGUCUUGGAGAAAAGGCUGCGCCAAUGGAUCUCUCUGGUCGCCGGUUCCAGAUAUCAGCAACCGACAGCUUUGGAUACGACGCCCAUCGAACUGACCCUCUCUACAAGAACAUCCCCCUCUUGAUCAAUGCUACACCUCAAGGCUGCGUAGCCAUGUUCUCCACCAGCCAUACUCGAGGAGAAUACUCCAUCGGCUCCGAGAUGGACGGUAUGUGGGGAUUCUACAAGGUCUAUCGUCAGGACUUUGGAGGUCUUGAAGAGUAUAUCAUCACCGGAAAGACUCUCAAAGAAGUUGUUCAGACCUACGCUGAUCUCGCUGGUUAUCCCCUUCUCGUUCCUCGCUGGGCCUUCGGUUACCUCUCUGGAGGCAUGAAGUACUCCAUGCUCGACGAUCCCCCAGCUGGUGAAGCCUUGAUCGAGUUGGCGUGCAAGAUGAAGGAGCACGACAUUCCUUGCUCGGCUUACCAGAUGUCAUCUGGAUACACCGUGGCUGAGCAGCACCCCAAGAACCGACACGUUUUCACUUGGAAUCGCCACCGCUUCCCCGAUCCCGAGGAUUGGAUUAAGGAGUUCCAUAAGCUGGGUAUGCGUACUAUUGCCAACGUAAAGCCUCAUCCCGAGUACCAGAAGCUCAAGGAUGCUGGCGGUCUCUUCCUUGAUCCUCAUACCAAGGAACCAGCUGUCACCAAGCUUUGGAGCGCUGGAGGAGGUGAGAGAGCCAACGGUGGUCAUAUUGACUUCACUUCUGAGGCCGGUUACAACUGGUGGUACAAUGGGAUCAAGAGGCUUGCAGAAGAGGGUAUCGACUGCAUGUGGAAUGAUAACAACGAGUACACGAUUCCCGAUGACGAAUGGGAGUGCGCUCUCAACGUCAGCAAGGAUGUACUCGAGGUUCCCGAGGGGCUUGAGAAGCGACCUCAAGUCGGUCUCUGGGGUCGCAGUUUACAUACUGAGCUCAACGGCAAGGCAUCUCACGAUGCUCUUCUAGCUGUCAACCCUGACUCGCGACCUUUCGUUCUCACUCGCAGUGCUACAGCCGGUACUAUGCGCUACGCCUGCAGCUCUUGGAGCGGUGACAACACUACCAGCUGGGAUAGUAUGAGAGGCUCGACUGCUCUCGGUCUCAACGCUGGCCUCUCCCUGAUGCAGUGUUACGGGCAUGAUAUUGGUGGUUUCGAGGGUCCUCAACCUGACCCUGAGCUUCUCCUUCGUUGGGUCCAGCUUGGUAUCUACUCUCCUCGAUUCGCCAUCAACUGCUUCAAGACAGGCCAAGACAACUCAAUCGGUGAUGUCAUUGAGCCUUGGAUGCACCCAUCUAUCACUCACCUUGUCCGCAAGACUAUCAAGCGUCGCUAUGCCUUGAUUCCUUACAUCUACUCUCUAUCUCUCGAGAGUCACCAGACUGCUUCGCCGCCCCAGAGAUGGAUCGGUUGGGGUUACGAGUCUGACCCUGAAGUCUGGAAGCUUCUUGAUGGAGAGAAGCAGUACUGGCUAGGUGACUCCAUGCUCGUCGGUGGUGUCUUCGAGGCUGGAGCAAGCAAGGUCAAGUUCUACCUCCCCAAGGCGCCGGACGAUGAUGAGGGAUACCUGAACCUAAAUGCACCAUACCAGUAUCUUGAGGCUGGUCAAUGGGUUGACCUUGACGUCGAGUGGCAUGGUGCUGGCAUCCCCGUUCUCGGCAAGGUUGGCCGUGCCGUCGCUGUUGGUCGAGACGUACAGGUUCUCUCUCCUGGUGAGAAGGAGAACGUGGCAAAUCUCCCUCUUGACGAUUACCGGGGCGUGGAGAUCUUCCCUCCUCAGAAGGAAUCUCGUGAUGGCAAGUGGCAUGAGACAACGUGGUAUGAAGAUGAUGGUACCUCUGUGUCAACCAAGAACAAAAUCUCUUCUUACACCAUUGCUUACUCGGCUACGGAGUCUGAGAUCAAGGUCAAGUUUUCCAAGGAUGAGAGUUCUGGUUUCCAAGCACCUUGGAAGUCCCUUGUUUUCAUUCUACCCUUUGGCGACUUGAGAAAGGUCGUUAGUGAGGAUAAAGAAGUCGUGGACUUAGGCCUGAGCGCGGAGGGCAAAAAGCAAUAUGAGCUGAAGUAA